CUACCCCCUAUACAGCCUCAACUCAGCUGGCGACCUUUGAGCAAAAAACUCUCCGACUGGGAAACAUCGAAGCCCAUCAGAAGACAGAACCGCCUCCAACCUUCCCACAUGUCCAUCCCGCCACAACUCAUCCGUGUCAAACGGAAACGUGUUGAUGAGUCACCCGUGACCUUCCUCCAGUUUGACGAAAACGCGAAGCGACACCGGACUGGAAGCAACUGGGUAUAUCAACGCAGGCAAGCUGUAACCCAAUCGCCGGCAGAUGCUUCUGCGAGGAUUUCACGCGAUGCCAAGCCCAUCAUCCACGUCUCGAGCCCCGACGAUGACCUCUCCAAGACGAGGAAACACAAUGAAGCCCAGGUUGCGCAACCACCAGGCAAUGCCCCCGAUACCCAGAUCCCGAAACAGUCCGAUGCCGACAGACUGGCCGAACCGCGACGCUUCCACAUUUCAAGAAAAAUGAUGAUGCCGACUGGGGGCAAUGCGCCAGGUUCGGGAGUCUCGAAGAAGACACGAUAUGGCCCAGCCGUGUUUGUCGAGCGCAGUCGAGCUAAGGCAACCAAGCGGGCUUCACGAGCCACUACCUCGUCCCAACUAUCGCCAGCUGAGACUCCUGGGAAGCAUGAUGAGACUACAGAGAUGGCUGUAGACGGCCCGGUUGAGGAGCAGCGCCUCAAGCGGCCUGGUGUUAAGAGCAGAUCGCGUUCUCCUCAACCACGCACCCCUCUACCGGCGUCCGCCACGAGCCCCCACAAUCAGGACAUGACCAAGGUUGCGGCAGACAUGAACGAUUGGGUGAUGAGAGAGAUUGGGGCGAACCUCGACAGUAUGGAACAGGAGAAGCAGAAGUCAGAACGAGCCAAGUUUAAGCCCAAGGCCCCGGCAAAAAGAUAUCAGGAUCGCCACCCCGGAGUCGCCCCUGCUACUCCUCAGCCCGCCGGGGUUGACACAGCAAUGAGCGACAUCAGUGAUCCUGAUGACGAUGAUGAUGAGUGGGUCAUUGAUGAAUACGUCCGCAUUCCGGCACACGCCAUGACCGUGGGAGUCGCUCCUACUGAUGUGGGAUUGCUGGUCCUAGAUGGCAAGGAGGAUAACAAUUUGUUCUUUGGACCAGAACGCGACGAGGACGAUGAUCUCGAUGAUGACGAGGACGAUGAAAACGCCGAAAACUACUACACGGCUGAUUACCCCGAGGACGAGGUUGCGUCAGAUGAUGAGUAUGGUCUGCAACCCUACGGCUAUCGCAAUGGGAACGCCUCAGACGACGAGGAAUUCGACAAUGCGCACUUUGACGAAAGCGACGACGAGAUGGUGAUAGAAGGGGCCGACGAGGAUGCAACCAUGGCCCGCAUCAAGGCGUACAUGAAACGAAGCCGCGCAUUCAAGUAGUGCAGACGGGCCACUGGGCGCUCGAC